UUUCAGUUUCGAAUUCCGAUUUCAGGCGGUGAUCUGUGGAUUUACGACCAGCUUGCGGACUAUAAAGCUGACUAGAGAGCCAAGUCAGUUUCACAGUUAACCAGCUCAACAAGGAGAAGCGAAAAUCCCGAGCAGCAUCAUGAGCAACACUCCAAGAGAUUCGUUGAAAGAGAAGCUCAGUCAGCUUCAGUGUCACUUCACGUGGAGCCCCAAGAAGGAAACGCUUGACUUGGAAGAUCUUAUGUAUAGAUUAGAAGAUUCUCUCCAAUUUAACGACAAAUAUCGAGGCACAUCCUACAACCAGCUUGCUUUUGUGAACUGCUUGCAAGGUAAUCAUGAAGAAGCCAUUAAAAACUUAAAGGAAGCUGAAAAGAUUCUGAGGGAGGAGUACAAAGAUGAAUUUGAAAGAAGAUGCAUCGUCACCUAUGGAAACUUUGCCUGGGUGCAUUACCACAUGGGACAACUGACCGAGGCCCAGUCCUAUCUCGACAAGCUGGAGAUGAUCUGUAAACCGCUCAGUGAUGGCCCUCGCUAUACAGCAAUGAUACCCGAGGUGUACGGGGAGAAGGGAUGGUCAUUGUUGAAAUCCACUGCUGAAUACUAUGAGGAGGCAAAGGAAUGCUUUGCAAAGGCUCUGGAACAAGAUCCUGACAACACUGAGUGGAUAAUGGGAUAUGCAACUGCACUGUCUCGUCUGGAAUCAUUUUCUGGAAUGACAGAAUAUCAUGAACAGAGUCAGUCAGUGAAGUAUCUGCGACGUGUACUGGAGCUUGAUCCAGAUCACUCUCUGGCCAUGGCGCUGUUGGCCAUAAAACUGCAAAAGUUCAACGUAAGGAAAGAAGCAAAUGAAUUGGUUGAACAGGCAUUGAAGAAAACCCCUGAUUUUCCAUAUGUGCUCCGCUAUGUAGCAAAAUUUUACAGACUUGAGGGAGCUGUGGACAAAGCUAUUAAUCUGCUGAAGCGUAUAUUAGAACUCACUCCAAAUUCCUGUUUUGUACAUCACCAGCUGGGCAUUUGUUACAGAACUAUACUCGCGCCACGGAAAGCCAGACCAUAUCACCCAGAUUGUUAUAACGAUGCACUUCAGCACAAAACUGAGUUGAUCGAACAAUGUAAGUACCACUUUGAAAAGGCCUCUGAGUAUCGUAAAAGGACAGCUAUUCAACCACAAUUGGAUCUUGCGGACCUCUAUGUAAAAAUUGGAGACAUCCCUAGAGCAGACGAGAUCUACAGUUUUCUCCAGAAACUAAAGGAUAUUCAUCCAGAAAAUAUGCAGAACAUAUGUUUACAUGCUGGGUCAUUUCAACUGUACCAUAGAAGAUCUGAAGCAAAUGCCAUCAGCCUAUUCCUAAAAGGUCUGAAGAUUGAAUAUAACUCAAGUGAGCAGAAAAAAUGUCGCUACCAACUGGAGAAGUGGGCAGAUAAGAAACUUUGCAGAAAUCCACAUGACAGCAAGGCCCUUGGUAUCAAAGGGUUACUGUUUCAGCAGAGUGGGAACAAGGCUAAAGCUAUUGAAUACUUUGAGAAGGCUUUGGAGACUGAUCAUGAUAAUGAAGACUAUCUGAGUGCUCUUUGUGAAUUACGCCUUUCUUUGAAGGGCUAAAAUGAUGCUUAAAAGAUGCAAUGAUUCUGUCUGAUCUAAGGAGUGGCUUUAUGGCACCUUUGUUUCACUUAAUGUAUUCGUGCAGCACCUUCUUCAAAUGAGAUAUUACUGGUGAAAUCUCAAAAAAUACCCUUAUUGCAACCAGUCUCAGUCUCUCUUCUGUAUUCAUGAGUGGUGAUGACUGAAGUAUACAAAAUGAAUCGCAUUAAUUCUAAAAUUUUACCCCUGACUUACUUGACUCCAUAACUAUGAGAUCAGAAUGUGUGAGUUGAAGCAAAGUUGGGUGUAAGAAAUUAUUUGAAAUGGAGCCGAAUGCAGAAACAUGUGGAAGAACCUUUGCACAUUUCUACUGUAGGAUAAUCUCUUUUACUUGCUAAUCCUGAGGUGUAUUCUGCAUUUCAGUUUGUAACACAAAUCUGACUGAAGGCAAGUAGAUUCUGAAGAAUGAUGAAGACCAUUUUCAGAUGGACAUAUCUUGCAUAAAAGUUUCAUGGCAAAGAUUGGAUCUGAGUAGAUUACGUGAAAGAAACACCAGUAAAUUCUUUAUAAUACCUAUCCAGUCUGCUGACAGCACCAAAGAAUGCUUCAAAGGCAAUGCAACAGCCAAAGAGUGGACACACGUUAUCAAUCUCAGGCAGAAAGGUUACCUGCCAAGGACAUGGUCUGUAACCACAGGGCGCCAGGAUAGUAUAGCAUUUGGCGUGAUGCUAUUGCAAUGCAGGGCGUUGGAGUUCAGACUUAAGCAUUUCCUCCCACAGUCCAAAGACGUACAAGUUAGUGGUUUAACUGGUUACCGUGUAUUGUCAAAAACCAAUAAUAGAUGUCAGGCUGAAUCUGAACCUCUGCUUCCCAUUUGAAAACCAAUGAUAUGGACACAAAACACCCAAGGUCAGAUGUCAGGCCUGGGGACCAGUACGGACGAGGGCUGGUGGCCCUUCUCCUCAAGGACUGAAAAAGAACUACAUUCUUAGAUGGAGGUUGCCAUGUCACGUUGAUUCAGACCAAGGGUCCAAGAGACACUUCGCUGGAAGUAUCUGGCAGGGAAUUACAUUGGCUGAUGAACAUUGAGUGGUCUUUCCAUUAUCCAAAAUCAUCCAAAGUCAUCUAGACAAGUUGAAAGGGUGAAUCAAAUCAUCAAGCAACAACUGACCACAUGCCAUGAAGAGAGCAAACCAUGGCCAACGCCCUUCCUAUGAUUCAGAAUAAAGGCCAUCUAGUUUUUUUCCACCAUUCCAUCAUGGCUGAUUUGUUACCCCUCUCAGCGCCAUUUCCCUGUAACCUCUGAUGCCCUGAGUAACCAAGAACCCAUCAAUUUCCACUGUAAAUAUACUCAAUGACUUGGCCUCCUCAAAUCUGGUUCAUUAUACAACACCAAUCCAAUGUUGCUUUUCCCCUACUGGGCUCAACCACAAGCUGUUCUAAAAAGCCAUUUCGUAGACAUUCUAAGAAUGUCUUAGAACGUCUAAGAAUGUCUAAGAAUUUCUUAGACAUUCCCUCUCUUGGGAUCCAGCACCAAACUGAUUUUCCUAAUCUACAUGCAUAUUAAAAUUCCCUAUGACCAGUGUAACAUUGCCCUUAUUACAUGCUUUUUCUAUUUCCCAUUGAAAACAGUACAUCCUGGCUACUGUUUGGAGGCCUGUAUAUAACUCCCUUGCAGCUUAAUAACUACCCACAAGGAGUCUACAUCUUCCGAUCCUGUGUUACCUCUUUCUAAGGAUUUACCUUAAGCUUUUUUUUUACCAACAGUGCCAUCCCACCCCCUCUGCCUACCUAUCUGUCCUUUCAAUGCAAUGUGUGUCUUUGAAUGUUCACCUCCCAACUAUGGUUUUCUUUUAGCCACAAUCCCAGUGAUGCCCACAUCGUCAUACCUACCAAUCUAAAACUGCACUAGGAGAUCAUCUACGUUAUACUGCAUGCAUUCAAAUACAGCACUUUCAGUCCUGUACUCAUCUCCCUUUUCAAAUUUGCCCCCAUGUUUCAUUUCACUUCAUCCCACUGACUGCAAGUUUGCCAUAUCAUCUGCCCAUCUUUCCUCACACUCCCGCUACACACUGCACCUAAUUGUAUACCAAUCGCCCUGUCUUCAGCCCUAUCACUCUGGUUCCCAUCCCCCUGCCAAAUUAGUCUGAACCCUCCCCAUGGCAACAGCAUAUUUUAUAAGUACAUACUAUUGAUGCUUCCAUAGCUCGGGGUGAAUUUUUGGUUACUUUAUACUUAACAAAGGUCCCACGAGUUUUUCUGCCUCUGAGUUUCAGAUCUAAUUCUGAACAUAUGAUUUAGAAUUGGGAGGGUGGGGAAUGUUGGAUUAAAGUACUGAAUUGUUAUUUCAUUAAUUUGUCAUUGUAUUUUUAUAUAAUCACUUACAGCAUAUACAUGUAAUUGUUCAGUAGAUUUUCCAGUAAUUGUGGUACAAUUGUAUCUGUAUUUUUUAGAAGCUUCUCAGUUUUCAAUAGCAGUUGUCACAUCAUUUGAAUAUAACUAUUUUAUAGGUUAAUUGUUAUCUCUAGUCUGAGUUUGAGGUGAUAACAAAUGAUUUUUUUCUUUUCAGUGUUUUCCCGGCUCCUCUUUCUUGCUUGCUUUUCAGUCUUGUAACAUUUAAUAAAACAGUUAUAAGCAAUAA